UUCAGUGUCCAGGCCCGGAGCUGCCCGCGCCUUGCGUAGCUUUGUUCCCUCCUGCCUCCGCAUCGCGCCCUCAGCUCCUGGAACCCCAUCCCACGCCCUCCUUCCUGACCCCUCCUCCUCUCGGCCACUCAGGCCUCUCUCCCCUUCACCCCUCUGCCCUGACGACCCCACGCUGGCCCUUCAUUGGGGUCCUCCCCCAUCUCCCCCGCCACACACACAGCCUCCGCGCCUCUCCUGGCAGCUCCCGGUUGCUCUGCUUUCCUGCCCUACACUGAGCUGGCCGACUGUGCCUAGGGACAAGCAUGGAUCGGGGAGGAAAAAGAGGGAAAGUGAGUCCCCACGACCAGCACCCGAGCCAAAGGCCCCAGAAGGAGCCUAAGAGUAGGCAGAGAAAAAAAGUGAAGCUGAACGUGAAGAGGGGAAAAAAGAAGAAAGACAUAGAGGAACUGAAGAAGGAGGUGGUCAUGGAUGAUCACAAAUUAACCUUGGAAGAGCUGAGCGCCAAGUACUCCGUGAACCUGACACACGGCCUUAGUCCUGAAAAGGCAAAGGAAAUCCUGCUUCGAGAUGGAUACAACACACUUACCCCUCCCCGUACCAUUCCAAACUGGGUCAAAUUCUGUAAACAGCUGUUCACUGGCUUCUCCCUUCUGCUGUGGACUGGGUCCAUCCUCUGCUUUGUGGCCUACGGCAUCCAGGUGCAUUUCCAUCAGAAAUCUGACAAAGAUAAUCUGUACCUGGGCAUUGUUCUGGCUGUCGUUGUGGCCAUCACGGGCUGCUUCUCCUACUACCAGGAGGCCAAGAGUUCCAAGAUCAUGGAGUCUUUUAAAACCAUGGUGCCACAGGCAGCCCAGGUAAUUCGAGGAGGAAAGAGGAUGCAAAUUGAUGUACAAGAAGUAGUGGUGGGAGACCUGGUAGAGGUGAAGGCCGGAGACCGAAUCCCUGCUGACAUUCGGCUUAUCUCUGCACAAGGGUGUAAGGUGGACAACUCAUCCUUGACUGGGGAAUCAGAGCCCCAAUCCCGGUCCCCCAACUUCACCCAUGAGAACCCUCUGGAGACCAGAAAUAUCUGCUUCUUCUCUACCAACUGUGUGGAAGGAACAGCCCGGGGUGUUGUGAUUGCAACAGGAGACUCCACUGUGAUGGGCCGAAUUGCCUCACUGGCAUCAGGCCUGAAAACCGGCCAAACCCCCAUUGGUGCUGAGAUUGAGCACUUCAUCCACCUCAUAACUGGGGUGGCCAUAUUCCUUGGCGUCACUUUUUUUGGGCUCUCUCUUGCAUUGGGCUAUGGCUGGCUAGAGGCCGUAAUUUUUCUCAUUGGGAUUAUUGUGGCCAAUGUACCUGAGGGGCUGCUGGCUACUGUCACUGUGUGCCUGACGCUGACAGCCAAGCGCAUGGCACGGAAGAACUGCCUGGUGAAGAACUUGGAGGCUGUUGAGACGCUGGGAUCCACAUCCACCAUCUGCUCGGACAAGACGGGCACCCUCACCCAGAACCGCAUGACUGUUGCCCAUUUGUGGUUCGAUGGGACUGUGCACAAUGCUGACACCAGCGAGGAACAGACUGCGAAGUUCUCCAAGAGCUCUGAUACCUGGUUCAUCCUGGCCCACAUUGCUGGUCUCUGCAACCGAGCUGACUUCAAAGCUGAACAGGAGAUGCUGCCCAUAGCUAAGCGGGAAACAACAGGGGAUGCGUCAGAGUCAGCCCUCCUCAAGUUUGUCGAGCAGAGUUUCAGCUCUGUGAAGGAGAUGAGAGAGAAAAACCCCAAAGUGGCAGAGAUUCCCUUUAAUUCUACCAACAAGUACCAGCUGUCCAUCCACCAGUGUCUGGAGGACAGCUCCCAGGACCACGUGCUGAUGAUGAAGGGCGCUCCGGAGAGGAUCUUGGAGUUCUGCUCCACCUUCCUCCUGCACGGGCAGGAGUUCCCAAUGGACGAUGACUUGAAGAACACCUUCCAGGACGUCUACGCAGAGCUGGGAGGCCUAGGGGAGCGUGUGCUCGGGUUCUGCUUCUUGAAUCUUCCAAGCAGCUUCGCAGCAGGCUUCCCCUUUAACACAGAUGAAAUAAAUUUUCCCAUGAGCAACCUGUGUUUUGUGGGCCUCAUAUCCAUGAUUGACCCUCCCCGUGCUGCUGUGCCUUCCGCUGUGAGCAAGUGUCGGAGUGCAGGGAUUAAGGUGAUCAUGGUAACAGGGGAUCAUCCCAUCACAGCCAAGGCCAUUGCCAAAGGUGUGGGCAUCAUCUCAAAAGGCAAUGAGACAGCAGAGGACAUUGCUGCCCGGCUUGGCAUCCCUGUCAGCCAGGUCAAUGCCAGGAAUGCCAAAGCCAUUGUGGUGCAUGGCUCAGAUUUAAAGGAUAUGGACUCAGAGCAGCUCAAACAGGUCCUCCAAAACCACACAGAGAUUGUGUUUGCUCGGACUUCCCCUCAGCAGAAGCUCAUCAUUGUGGAGGGUUGUCAGAACCUGGGAGCCAUUGUGGCGGUGACAGGGGAUGGGGUGAAUGACUCCCCUGCGCUGAAGAAGGCUGACAUCGGCAUCGCCAUGGGCAUCACUGGCUCUGAUGUCUCUAAGCAGGCAGCUGACAUGAUCCUCCUGGAUGACAACUUCGCUUCCAUUGUCACAGGCGUGGAGGAGGGUCGUCUCAUCUUUGACAACCUGAAGAAAUCCAUCGCGUACACCCUGACCAGCAACAUUCCUGAGAUCACCCCCUUUCUGAUGUUCAUCAUCCUUGGGAUCCCCUUGCCUCUGGGCACCAUUACAAUCCUCUGCAUUGACCUGGGCACAGACAUGGUACCUGCUAUCUCCCUGGCUUAUGAGAACCCAGAAAGUGACAUCAUGCAGAGGCAUCCACGGGACCCCAAAACUGAUAAUCUUGUCAAUCGCCGUCUCAUUGGCAUGGCCUAUGGACAGAUUGGGAUGAUCCAGGCUCUGGCUGGAUUCUUCACCUAUUUCGUGGUCAUGGCUGAGAAUGGCUUUAAGCCUCUUGAUCUGCUGAGCAUCCGCCAGGAGUGGGACGAUCCCUUCUCCAAUAACCUGGAGGACAGCUAUGGACAGCAAUGGACCUACGAGCAGCGGAAGGUGGUGGAGUUCACCAGUCAGACAGCCUUCUUCGUCAGCAUCGUGGUGGUGCAGUGGGCAGACCUCAUCAUCUGCAAGACCCGCCGCAACUCGGUCUUCCAGCAGGGAAUGAAAAACAAGGUCCUCAUAUUCGGGAUCCUGGAGGAAACACUGCUGGCGAUUUUUCUGUCUUACACUCCGGGCAUGACUGUAGCCCUGCGAAUGUUCCCACUCAAGAUAACCUGGUGGCUCUGCGCCAUUCCUUACGGCAUUGUCAUCUUCAUCUAUGAUGAAGUCAGGAAACUAACCAUCCGUAAUCGGCCUGGUGGCUGGGUGGAGAAGGAGACAUAUUACUAAACUCAGCAGAGGAGCUUCGUGUGACAGGGGUCACAAGAACCAGGACUAUGAGUCUGCCACAUCUGAGGGAACAAUUGAGUUGGGGGCAAAGACACUAGAAGAACUGCCCUGGAAGACAGAGACAGGCA